UAUCUAUGACACGCUGAUGCACAUUCGUAAACACUCAUGGGUUUUCUAUCUACUGGCUUAACAAGUCUAAACACAGACUAGACUCGCGAUAUACCUGCAUAUAUUAUAUAUAGAGAUAAAACGGGAAGAAUAAUUAAAGUUGAACGAUUUGAGAAAGUGUUCUAGGUCAUUGUCGUCUGCUAUUUAUCAAACAUCAUGUCGGUGAACCAACAGAGAAAGCGAGCUAUGAAGCGUCUUAUGCAGGACUAUGAAGAAUUACAGAGAGAACCAGUAGAGAACGUGUCCGCCAUGCCGCUGGAUUCGAACGUGUUUGAAUGGCACUGCAACUUUAAGCACGAUGACAUCAUAUAUCAUCUCAUUCUCUUUUUCUCGGAAAAAUACCCAUAUGAUUCUCCAAGCGCUGAAUUUGUUCCUGUAGGUUUCCGCUACAACAGCGGCGCAACGAUGUCAGGUAAAGUUGGAACGAAGGUGUGCCUGAAUAUCUUUUCCGAUUUUGCUUACAUUCACACAGAAUGGAAAGACGAGAAGACCGUAGGAUGGUCUCCCGGGUACACAGUGCAGACGAUUCUUCUGAAUGUCGUAGCUUUUCUUGCGGAGACGCAGUCAGGUGACUAUUCGUGGAUGAAGGAUGCAUCGGACCAUAACCGAAAGCUCUCAAAGGGUUUCAAAUGUGAUUGUGGACACAGCUAUGCGAAACCACUUCCGGCGUUUGACGCGGGUAAGCCUGAAAAAAGCGGAAAGAAAGCAGACAAAAAAGGCAAGCAAACUAAUGCGGCAGCAAACAAAGCUUUACCGGAAAUAAUAGAUUAUGCAUCGAAAGAACGCUUUAACAUAUCAGUAAAACCAAAGUCGAAAGAUGAGCUAUUUGGCUACGGUUUGAUUGUGUCAGGGCCAUCGCAUAGACCGGCUCUGACAACACCUUGCGAAUUCAUCAUCUUAGAAACCUUUGAGGCAAUGAAAAAAGCAAUUGGCUCUGUCAAAAGUGUCAUGAAAGAAGAUAUCAAAUUUUUUCUUCCAAUGUACAUCACUCCCAAUCAUGGCUCUAUGAUCAAAGAUACUUUUGAACAAUGUUUAAACGACGUUGCAGUCAUUUUACCAAAAUGUAAGCCGAAUAAAACUCCCCUCGUGGACCUCAUCAUAAAGGUCAUACCCAACUUGAUGAGCGCAACCGUAGUGGAGUUCUCUAAAGGGACACAGCACACCAGUGACAACAGCUUGAAUGGUUACUUCUCCCUGCAUAGACUUUUUCUGUGGGCAUUGGACACUUAUCCAAAGUUACAGGGGGAAAUUGACUCCAGACUUAAGACAUUUAUUGACGACGUGGGCCAGAGAAACAAAAAGGCAUGCCCUCAUAUCGGAGAAUGGCUAAUGCUUCUUGCAGCAUCAUUCAAAUACACUUGGCAGGAUGCUGCCUGGGCUUACCUAUCAGAAAGCUUCAAAAGAAACGUUAUGUGGUAUGUAAAGGAAGACGCCAAACUGGGCAUGCUCGACACGGACAAAAACUAUCGCAUCAACGAAACUCUACAGAGGACACUCGUUAGCAGGAAACUACUAGCCUUUCAGGUGCUCUUUCUAGAUAUCGCCAUGCCCAAGGGAAAGUCGAAAGCAGAUCUAGUAAAGCGAUAUGAUAGCAGUCUUGGUUUCCCUACAGAGGAAAUGGUGAAACAGAUGAAGGAUUCCAUCCAGCUCAUCAAUAACAUGAAAACCUAUUCUGAUUGGUUCAAAGUAUUGAAGAUCAAACCUCUCCGAGAUGAUGAGGUGUUCGAUAAACUGGUAUCCGCAGUCCAGUACUCCAUCGAUACUGACGGCUACCACUGGACGUUUUGGAAGACAGGGGGAGGGUGGGGCGAGGUCCUCAGAAGAUACAAACCCUACAAAAAGAAAGAAGAUAAAGACGGUGAAAAGACUAAAGGCAAAGAGGAGGAAGCAGGACCAAGUCCGAAAAAGAAGCCAGCCAUGAAGAAGGAGGACUCAAAGCCAAAGGGACGUGGUAGGGGAGGGAAAGCAGCAGCUGGGAAACCCGCAGGCAGAGGAGCUAAAAAGGUCAAUGACGAGCCAGAGGAACCUGUGGGGAAAGGUCGGGGACGCGGCCAGAAACGCAAGGCUGACGACCCUGCGCCUGUGGGUAGGGGACGUGGAGGGAAAAAGAGGAAAUAAUUUUGGGGACUAUGAAGUAUAAAUAGAAUAAGUUUGUGAAUUGUUAUACAUUAAUGUUUUUGGAGUGUUUGUCAAUUUAAACGUAUUAUGUCAUAUAAAGUUGACUGUUGCUGAAGUGCCAUAUUGCUUGUUUAUAUAUUUUAAUUGAUAAAUACACUAGAAAAACGGACGUUUGUGUACCUGUAGGUGUAUCCAUACUAACUACUUUAUGUUCAAAGCAUGUCACUUAUCAUGAGAAAUAAUUCUAAUAACUACAUGUUGUAUUGUAGAGGUUGUCUCAGAUAUCAAUAAAAGAUGCGUAAUUCUUAGAGAAAAAA